UCUCGAACCAAACCAAAUUUCCUCUCUUUCCAUUUCUCUCUCUCUCUAACUAUUUGAUAUAAUACGCGUGAGUGGAGAAUUUUGCGCAGGGGAAACAAAAAGCAAUCUCUUGGUUUUGUUCAUAUAAAAGAUUUGGGAUUCUUCUUCUUUGAAAGUUUUCAAGAAAAAGGUUCUUGAGAUCGCAAUACUUUCAUAGAGAAGGAGAGAGAGCACACAUAUAUAUAUAUAUAAACGAGUAAGAAAGGUGGAAAGAAUCAGAGAAACAAGGAUUCUUGGAAAUGGUUUUCUUGUGUGAGAUUUUGUUUGCAGACGAAGAGAUGAUUGAAGAUGGAGACUGGGAGAAGGAGAGAUAAUAUUCACAACCCCCAGUAGCAGCAGAACAUAAAAAGAGCAAUACCUAUAUAUAUACACACGCACACACCUUUCUUUCCAUACUCAUCAAGUUUAUUUUCAUCUGCUUCUGCUGGGAAGUUUUUGCAAAUGUCUGCUACCAUAAUCAGUGAUCCUAUGGUGAUAUCAACCCCAGAAACCCAACCAGCUGCAGCUGCAACAGCAACUAAACUAAUUGCAGCGCAAGCAGAAGUGGAGUUCGCCAAAUGUGAUUGUUGUGGUCUAACCGAAGAGUGCACGCCAGCUUACAUUGAAAGAGUAAGGGAGAGAUACCAUGGAAAAUGGAUUUGUGGGCUAUGUGCAGAAGCUGUAAAAGAUGAGAUUGUGAGGGCAACAGAGAGGCUUAUCAGCACAGAAGAAGCCAUGGCUAGGCACAUGAACUUCUGCAAGAAAUUUGUGUCCUCUGGCCCUCCUCCUGACCCAACUAUCCAUUUGAUAUCUGCUAUGAGACAGAUUCUUAGAAGAAGUUUGGAUUCGCCAAGAGGAUUAAGAUCAACCCCAUCUAGUCCUACCAAUACUAAUGGACAAAUGAGAGCUGCUGGGCUUACUAGGUCUGAAAGUUGGUUCCCUACUUUGUCUGGUUGAUACAUGGAUAUGAAGAUAACACAUGGAGAUUUACUAUGGGGGAUCAAUAUAACUGCAGAAAAAUUACAGUUCAUUUGAUGCAAAUAAGUAGGAGGGGGGGUGUGGAAUUUGGAGCUACGUGCUUAAUUUAGUUAUUUAGAUGUUAAAAUUAAAUAUAGAACUUCCUUAUCAGAAUAUGAAAUCCCAUUUUUCCUGAAACUUUAUGUUUCAGUUGUAUUUGUAAAAUUGUCUUUUCUUUAAAUUCUUGCUUUUUUUAUUCAAA